GUUCGCAUCUUGUUGACACUUUACAGUCGGUUUGCCUUCAUUUUCGACCCAGCCUUUCAGAUCUAUCAAGAGCCCCUUAGUCUGCCACCCGCUGCCUUUACGGCUAUCGCUCGUUUCCUCUCUCUUUCGGCCGCCCACCAGACGCCACUUCUUGGCCAGUGUGGGACCCUAAUCACCUCGACUCAGUCAGUACAGGCCGUUCAACUUGAACGUCGCGUUCUCGACAUGGCGCGAAUGGCCACCUAUAAGUCGAGGUCGAAGCGUGUUCGGACCGACGCCCACGCUGCACCGAAUGACCCUCGCGAGCGCGAACAACUAGAAUCACUAGACGACGACGAACCAGCAACACGAAUGGCGUCAUACCUCGAGCGCCUUGCACUUGAAGACAGCAAGACGAGCGACGACCUCAAGAUUCGCCGCUCGCUGUCCGAGGGAGUGGCCGCACUCGGCGCAGCCCGCUGGGCCCGUGCGCGGCGCAGCGGGGUGGCCAGGAUGUCAGCUCGCAAGGUUGAGUUGGUCGAGGUAGCUGCCGACUCUGUGCCCCAGCUCGACCCCGAGCCUGACGCCGAGUACCUUGCGGACCACGACGAUAACCACCUUGCGCCAGAGUGCUACGACGUUAUCCUUCCUCCUCCCCUCCGUCCCAGCCUCCAUCACCCAGUCGCACCAAGGACCAGCAUCGUUGAGCUACCAGAAGACAACGAGGACAUUGUCGACGACCUGGCGGAUUGGGACAGCUCUGACGACCACGUCGUCACCCCGCCGCCUCACCUGCAAGCCGGCAGUUGCGAGUAUCACGUCGACUACCACCAGCACGACCACCACGCUGUGAGCAACUUUAUUCGUCAUCGUAGCAACAGUCUGGGCUUGAGCCACGUCGGUGUACGCGACAGCAUCGACUUUGACAGCGGCCUCAUGAACUCGCUCCCCCGCGAAGGAACGCUCUCCGCGGCUGAGAGCGGUCCGCUUUGGGAGCACUUCCAGGCAAGGCUUGCGGGGUUCUCCCUGCGGGACCGGAUGGCGCCGCGGACCCAGUACGACGAAGAUGUCGUCAACAACCUGGAUGACGAAGCAACAUGGUCCCCCGGCUUCAACCCCAACUUGGGGGCGCUCCCUGAGGGCGCGGACCUGGACGAGGUGGAUCCAUUUGACUACGAGGAGGCGAGUCCGCAAGACAGCUUUGAGGACUCGCCCCCAGAAUCUCAGGGCGUUGGUGGCGCCGUGGCAAGCCAGCCGCAGUGGGCGCCAUUGUUUCACCCUCGGCUCCAAGCCAUGGACACCUCUGCAACUCCGAGUCCAAUGAUGCGGCUUCCUGAGCGCCUACUGGAGGAGGCUGGAACGCCCGCUGGAACGCCAAUGGGUGCACCGGCGUCUGCAUCUUAUCAGGGGGUGAGCAUACGCGGGGGCAUUUACAGCGGCCACAACCUCAACGUCAAUGUCGACAUUGAGAACGACCUCGAUGAAUUGGACGAGGACGAGGGGUACCUUGACAGCCAAGGAUACGAGGCGGGUGGCGAGUGGGGAGAGCAGCACCAGUGCGGCGACUACGAUGCAGAGCUCGGCCAUGGGAUUAGGUUCAGCAACCACGAGCCAGUUCAAGACGCCGACCCUGACGACCUCGACGAGCUCGACGACGAGUGGUAGCGGUUGCGGGGGUCGUCGUAGUCCCGGGCAUAGAAGUAGACAUGGACAGUCAAUUAUAGGCUCCAGUGUAUGUAAAAUGUGUAUAGAAUGG